AUGAAGAUUGGAUACUUCGGCAACGAGUUUCCCCACGACGACCUCAAAGACCUCUUCCGCAGGCUCUGGAACCUCAGCAAGGACAGGCAGCAUCGGCUGCUCGCCGCAUUCAUCCACGAGGCCACCUUGGCCGUCAAGGACGAGGUUCGGCUGCUCCCGUCGGCGACAAGAAGCCUGGUGCCCACGUUUGAGACCAUCUUUGACCUCGCCGACCAUGCGGAGCUGCGCAGCGGGCCGAUGGGAGGUGCGGUGGAUGGGAUGCUUCUCUGCGCCGUCCAGCUGGCAACAUUUAUUGGCUACCAUGAAGACGAUGCCAAGGACGGAUUCGACUUUGGCAACCCCGAGGCCUGCCUCGCCGGCAUCGGCACGGGCUUGCUGUCGACGGCCGCCGUCUCGCUAUCCGCUACGCUGGCAGACGUGCCCGUGGCCGCGGCCGAGGUGAUGCGCAUCGCCUUCCGGCUGGGCGUUCUCGUCGACGAGGUGUCGCAGAACCUGCAGCCGCGCGCGGCCGACGGCGGACACGGCGACAGCUGGGCCUACGUAGUGCCCGACGCGGUGGCCGCCGAUAUCCAGAGCGAGCUGGACGCGGUCCACGCGGCCGAAAGCAUCCCGGAGCCCAACAAGAUCUUCAUCAGCACCGUCAGCCGCAACUCGGUCACCAUCAGCGGCCCGCCCGCCCGGUUGAAGCACCUCAUCGACACGUCUGAUUUCUUCCGCAACCGGACGCUCGUCGCCCUGCCCGUCUACGGCGGCCUCUGCCACGCCAAGCACAUCUACGACGAGGAGCACGUCGAGAGGAUCGUCGAGCCCAGCCCGCUCGACGCGGUUCUCCGGCCGCGGGUGCCCGUCUUCCCGACCGGCGGCUCAGAGCCCUUCCCGGGCAAGACGGCCACCGCCCUGUUCCGCGACAUCGUCCGGGACCUCCUGACCCAGACGAUCCAGUGGGACGUCGUCGUGCAGGGGAUCCGGCAGCAGGCGGCCAGGAACGCGGCCGUGUCCGAGUACCUGGUGCUCACCCUCCGCGCCUCGCUGCCCGGGCGAGAGCUCGUCGAGGCGCUGAACGAGGACUCGGAGCAGCCCGUGGCAAGGACCAAGGACCUGGUGCCGUGGAUCACGAAGCCGGCGGCGGUCCCGCGGGGGCCACGGGGCGCGCAGCAGUCCAAGAUCGCCGUGGUCGGCAUGUCGUGCCGCAUGCCCAGCGGUGCGACCGACACGGAGAAGUUCUGGGAGAUCCUGGAGCAGGGCCUGGACGUGCACCGCAAGAUCCCCGCGGACCGGUUCGACGUUGACACGCACUACGACCCGACGGGCAAGCGGGUCAACACGAGCAUCACGCCCUACGGCUGCUUCAUCGACGAGCCGGGCCUGUUCGACGCCCCCUUCUUCAACAUGUCGCCGCGCGAGGCGGCCCAGACGGACCCGAUGCAGCGGCUGGCCAUCGUGACGGCGUACGAGGCGCUCGAGCGGGCGGGUUACGUGCCCAACCGGACGCCGUCGACGGACCUGCACCGGAUCGGCACGUUCUACGCCCAGGCGAGCGACGACUACCGCGAGGUUAACACGGCCCAGGAGGUCGGUACCUACUUCAUCACGGGAGGGUGCCGCGCCUUCGGGCCGGGCCGCAUUAACUACUUUUUCAAGUUCUCGGGCCCGAGCUACAGCAUCGACACGGCCUGCUCGUCGGGCCUCGCGACGAUACACAUUGCCUGCAACUCGCUCUGGAACGGCGACACGGACAUGGCCGUGGCAGGGGGCAUGAACGUGCUCACCAACUCGGACGCCUUUGCCGGGCUGGGCCAGGGCCACUUCCUGUCCAAGACGCCCAACGCGUGCAAGACGUGGGACUGCGAGGCAGACGGGUACUGCCGGGCCGACGGGGUGGCAUCGGUGGUGCUGAAGCGGCUCGAGGACGCCGAGGCGGACAACGACAACAUCCUGGGCGUGAUCCUGGCGGCGGGCACGAACCACUCGGCCAACGCCGUGUCCAUCACGCACCCGCACGCGGGCCACCAGGCCGAUCUGACGCGGCAGAUCCUCGCCCAGGCCGGCGUCGACCCGCUCGACGUAAGCUACGUCGAGAUGCACGGGACGGGCACCCAGGCCGGCGACGCGCAAGAGAUCCAGUCCGUGACACAAGUGUUUGCGCCCCUGACCCCGACCAAGCGCCGCAGCCCCAAGCAGCCGCUACACGUCGGCGCAGUCAAGUCCAACGUGGGCCACGGCGAGGCCGUCGCUGGCACCACGGCCCUCCUCAAGGUGCUCCUCAUGUUCGACAAGCAGGCCAUCCCGCCCCACGUGGGCAUCAAGAACGCCAUCAACCCGGGCUUCCCCAAGGACCUCGACAAGCGGAACCUGCACAUCCCCUACGAGAAGACGCCGUGGCCGCGCGUGCCCGGGAAGAAGCGCAUCGCCGUCGUCAACAACUUCAGCGCCGCGGGGGGCAACACGAGUCUCGUCCUCGAGGAGCCGCCCGAGCGGGAUUCGAGCGCCGUCGCGGGACCGGAUCCUCGGUCGACCCACGUGGUCGCCGUGUCGGCCAAGAGCAAGGUGUCGCUCAAGGGCAACCUGGAGCGCCUGAUCGGCUACCUGGAUGCUAACCUGGACGUGUCGCUGUCGGACCUCUCGUACACGACGACGGCCCGGCGCCAUCACCACAACCACCGCGUCGCCGUGGCCGCGUCGGAGGUGGGCCAGCUCAAACGCCAGCUCGGCACGUACCUCGAGGGGGUCGAGAGCCACAAGCCGAUCCCGAACCAGGGCCCGCCCUCGGUCGUGUUCGCCUUCACGGGUCAGGGGGCCUCGUACAAGUCUAUGAACCUGGCCCUGUUCCGGGACUCGGCCGCAUUCCGGGACCAGAUCCUCCACCUGGACUCGCUCUGCCGGGCCCAGGGUUUCCCGUCCAUCGUCCCCGCCAUCGACGGCAGCUUCCCGCAGGACCACGCGCAUUCGCCGACCGUGACGCAGCUGGCGCUCGUGUGCGUCGAGAUGGCGCUGGCAAAGUAUUGGGAGUCUCUCGGGGUGCGCCCGGACGUCGUCGUCGGCCACAGCCUGGGCGAGUACGCGGCCCUGCACGUGGCCGGGGUGCUCUCGGCGGCCGACGCCAUCUUCAUCGUCGGCCGGCGGGCGCGCAUGCUCGAGCAAAAGUGCCAGGUCGGCAGCCACAAGAUGCUGGCGGUGCGGGCGUCGCUCGACGACGUGCGCGCCCACGCGGGCGGCCGGCCCUUCGAGGUCGCCUGCAUCAACGGGCCCCGCGACACGGUGCUGAGCGGAACGGGGCCCGAGAUCGAGGCGCUCGCGGAGACGCUGCAGGCGGCCGGGUUCAAGUGCUUCAACCUUGACGUCGCCUUCGCCUUCCACUCGGCCCAGAUGGAUCCCAUCCUGGACGAGCUCGAGGAGGCGGCCAGCCGGGCGGUCCUGUUCCAGCCGCUCCGCCUACCCGUCGUCUCGCCGCUGCUGGGGCGCGUCGUGUUCGACGACAAAACCAUCGACGCCCGCUACGUCCGCCGGGCCACGCGCGAGGCCGUCAACUUCCUGGGCGCCGUCGAGGCCGCCCGGGCCGUCUCGACCCUAGACGACUCGAUGGUCUGGAUCGAGAUCGGCCCGCACCCGGUCUGCGCCGGCUUCGCCCGCUCCAUCAUGCCCUCGCUGGCCACCGCGGUGCCGUCGCUGCGCCGGGGCGAGGACGACUGGAAGACGCUGGCGACCAGCCUGGCCGCCGUCCACGCCGCCGGCGUCCCCGUCGCCUGGGACGAGUUCCACCGCCCCUUCGAGCGCGCCUGCGGCCUGCGCCUGCUCGACCUGCCCACGUACGCGUGGAACGACAAGACGCACUGGAUCCAGUACAACGGAGACUGGGCCCUCACCAAGGGCAACACCUUUUACGACGCCGAGAAGAAGGCCAAGGCGGAGGCGGAGGCGGCGGCGACGGCCAACGCCAACCCCCUGACGGCGCCCAAGUCCAACCUCCGCACCUCGCUGAUCCACCGGGUCGUCGAGGAGACCUUUUCGGGCUCGGCCGGCCGCGUCAUCGUCCAGUCGGACCUGAUGCAGCCCGAAUUCCUGGCGGCCGUGCGCGGCCACGAGAUGAACGGAGCCGGCGUGGCCACGUCGUCCAUCCACGCCGACGUCGCCUGGACCCUGGGCAAGUACCUGUACGAAAACCUGCGGCCGGAUCAGAAGGAGAGGAUCAAGGGCAUCGUGCAGGACAUGAGCAUCACGGACCUGGUCGUGCGCGAGGGCCUUGUGGCUCAGAGGAACACCAAGGUGCCGCAGCUGAUCCAGAUAGCCAUCUCCACGGCCGACAUCGAUUCGGGCACCGCCCAGCUCGAGUGGCACAACGUGUCGCAAGACGGCCGCUCGCUGGUGGAGCAGGAGCCCUUUGCGACAGCCCGCAUCGUCUACGGCAGCGCCGACGCCUCGCUGUCCAGCUGGGUGCCCAUGCUGCACCUGGUCCGGGGCCGCAUCGAGGCGCUGUCGCGGCUGGCCGACGAGGGGAAGGCGAACCGAUUCUCGCACAACAUGGCCUACCUGCUCUUCGCCAACAACCUGGUCAACUACGCAGACAAGUACCGCGGCAUGCAGGCCGUCGUCCUCGACGGGCUCGAGGCCUACGCCGAGGUGACGCUCAAAUCCGGCGCCGGCGACUGGACGGUGCCGCCUUUCUUCAUCGACAGCGUCUGCCACCUCGCCGGCUUCGUCAUGAAUGUCUCGGACGCCAACGACACCAAGGCCAACUUCUUCGUCACACCCGGCUGGGGCAACCUGCGCCUCGCCCGCCCCCUCGUCGCCGGCGGCCGGUACCGCUCCUACGUCAAGAUGAUCCCCACCAAGGAGGACCCGACCGUCUACCUCGGCGACGUCUACGUGCUGCAGGGCGACGAGAUCAUCGGCCUCAUGCAGGCCAUCAAGUUCCGCCGCUAUCCCCGCGUCCUGCUCAACCGCUUCUUCUCGCCCGCCGACGUCAAGAACGUCACAUCAUCGGGCGUGCCCGCCGCUGCUGCUGCAGCAGUUGUUCCUUCUGCCCCUCUCCCUACCGCGGUUCCCAAGGUUGCGCCGGCCCCUGUUGUUGUACAACAGCAAACGCCACCACCGGAACAACCGGUUCCCGCACCAGCGCCCAAGCAGUCAGCCCCAGCCCCGGCCCCGGCCCCGGCCCCGGCCCCGGCUCCAGCUCCUGCCGCCGCCUCCUCCGAGGACAGCGUGGCGGCCAAGACGCUGGCGCUGGUGGCGGCCGAGGCCGGGCUGAGCAUGUCGGACCUGCACGACGACGCCAGCUUCGGCAGCCUGGGCGUCGACAGCCUGAUGAGCCUCGUCAUCGCGGAGAAGCUGCGUGAGCAGCUCGGCAUCACGGUCAGCGGCAGCCUCUUCCUCGAGUACCCCGCCGUGGGCGACCUGCGCGCCUGGCUGCUCGAGUACUACAAUUGA